GACAAACAGAAAUGACUGGGCCUCAAGUAUCAGCCUAUCUUCUAGGUCUUGAAGACCAUUAUACACCAAACAAGUUUGCUACAAUUUAUCUCAUCUCUUUUGAAACAUAUUUGACGAUGCGGCAUCCUAUUGAAAAAAAAUCUGGGCAAACAAAUAUAAGCGAUUUAAAACAUUUUAACACAUCUAACAAUGAUGAUGAACUAGAACAGGAAAAUAGUGAUAAUGAUGAAAGUAAUUAUGAUGCUACUAAUGAAAUGUUUGUAAUAACAAAUUCAAGUAAAAAAAUAGCAGCUAUCAAAAUCAAUGACAAGGAAUUAGAAAAACUUGCAAGGCAAGAAAAUCGCAAAGGACGAGCGACAAAAGUAGAUAGAUUUUUAUUUUUAGGUGGAGAAAAGAGAUGUGAUAAAUCUUGUGAUCAUAGUAAAAUACAUCACCAACAUUUAACACAUAUGCAAGUUUAUUGGUGUCGCAAAAUGAAAGAAUACCUAUCUUAUUAUCUUAUAGCAGGAUAUAGGUUGUGGUGUGAAGCAUGUAAUGCAUUUUUACAGAAUUCAAAUCUGUCAAUGCGAUUACAGACAAUAAUUGACAAUAUUGAACUAUUACAUCGCUGUGCGGAAAAGACAAUUUUAGACCAUCAAUUGUGUAAAAUGGCCUGUAAAAAUCUGGAAAUAGCAAGGGUUCAGCGAGUGGAAAGAACUAUAGUAGGUUAUAAUGCUGCUGAAGAUGAUAUUGAGAUGCUAGAUGAUCAAUACAACUUUAACACCUCUGAUUUAACGCCAUUAGAACCAUAUAGUAUUGUACGUUCUGGAUUAGAUAAUACGAAAUUUGUUGACAAUGCAAUGCUUUACUUGCACCUUAUGAGUAUAUUCAAUGAAAAAAGCCAAUAUGAAUAUCAGAAAAAAUUUAAUACUCUAAACUGUAAUGAUAAAAAAGUCCAAGUAAAACCUUCUUGUGAGGACGAUGAUGACUUAAUUCAGAAAUGGCAAACAAUUAUAACAUUAAGAAACAAAGCAGAACAGCUAAAUGAUAAAAUAAAUUUUGAAGAAAACAAUCUACCAGAAUCUUUAAUCUAUACUUUCAAUCAAAAAAUAUCAACUUAUCCACUAUCAGCAUCAAUAUUAAGUCAAACAGACCCACUUCGAGAAAUUUCAGCCAAACUUAAUGAUGAGCAAAAAAAAGUUUUCUUGCUUAUCUGUGAUCAUCGUAAGCGAAAUUACCCUGGCAGUCCCAACAAGCCAUCUCAGUUAUUAAUGUUUUUAGGUGGUGCCGGAGGUACAGGAAAAUCAGAAGUUAUUAAGGCAAUCUGUGAAUAUUUUAAUAGAAUUGGCCAAAAGCUAUCUCUUGUUGUUUGUGCAUCAACUGGUGUUGCUGCAUCAAACAUUGGUGGUUAUACAAUCCAUUUUUUGUGUGGCGUUAAAUUCAGUGAUGAUAUUAAUUAUGAAGUUUCUAUGAUAGAACAGAAACUUCUAACACAAUUUCAUGCACGUGUUAAAGAAGCAAAAUGCUUUCAAGAUGACACUAUCCCUUUUGCUGGCUUAAAUAUCAUUUUUGUUGGUGAUUUCAUGCAACUACCUCCAGUACUUGAUCUUCCUGGAAGAGAACUAUGGAAAUCGGUAAAACAUGUGGUUAUUUUGAAAAAACAAAUGCGCCAAAUUAAUGACCCAGAAUAUGCAACCAUAUUAAAUAAUUUACGCUGUGGCUAUUUAACAUCAACCUA